GGAUGUCAAACUUCGGGGUGUGAUUUAGCCAGACAUAAACUUCAAGAUACGAAAGAUAAUUUUUCCUUUCUUGCUCCGUCUUCUCUCUCUCUCGCAUCCGCAGCUCAGCUGUGAGUUGGAAGAAGACGUCACUCAGCUCUCUGCAAAAGAAGGCAUUGAAUCUUCUUCGAGCAGAUAGGAGAAGAGAUCAACAAUGGAUGCUCUGAGGAAGCAAGCAAGCAAGCUCCGAGAGCAAGUCACCAAACAGCAACAGGCUGUUAUAAAGCAGUUCAGUGGGACUGGCUAUGAAAGUUCAGCUGUGAUGGUUAUUGACGAAAUUGAGAUGCAGAGACAUCAACAGCUAGAUAAACUUUACAAGGCCACUCGAGCAGGAAGGGAAUUUCAAAAAGAUAUUGUAAAGGCAGCAGAAGGAUUUACAGCAAUAGGUUAUAAAAAUAUUGAGACAGGGUCCAAGUUAUCUGAAGACUGCUGCAAGUACGGAGCUGAAAAUAUUAAUGACAAUAUUUUAGCAAAGGCAGCCGCUAUAUAUGGUGAUGCCCGUAAACAUGUAGAAAAAGAACAAGAAGACUAUAAUAAGCUGUUAUAUUCUCAGAUUUUGGAACCCCUGAGAGCAAUGAUAAUGGGCGCUCCUUUAGAAGAUGCCCGUCAUCUCGCUCAACGUUAUAGCCGUAUGAGACAGGAAGCAGAGUUGCAGGCUACAGAAAUUUCUAGAAGGCAAGCAAGGGUCCGCGAAUCUCCCAUUCCUGACAAUGUUGCCAAGCUGCAUGUCGCUGAAGCGAAGAUGCAGGAAAUUAAAGCUAACAUGGCAAUUCUUGGUAAGGAAGCUGCAUCAGCAUUGGCUGCUGUAGAAGCACAGCAACAAAGGCUUACUUUCCAGAGGCUAGUUUCCAUGGUCGAAGGAGAAAAGACCUUCCAUCUCAGAGUAGCUGCUAUACUUGGUGAGGUUGAAGCUGAGAUGGUUUCGGAGAAGCAGCAUAAGGAGUCUGCUCCUCCUGUUUCAACAGAGAUUCACACAGAGAAGACAUCAUACUUCUUAGCUGAGGCAAUGCAUCCUUUCAGUGCCGAGACAGAAAAAGAACUAAGCCUGGAAGUGGGUGACUAUGUAGUUGUUCGAAAGGUGAGUCCAUCAGGAUGGUCAGAAGGCGAAUGUAAGGGCAAAGCUGGAUGGUUCCCCUCGGCAUACGUGGAGAAGCGACAGAGGGUUCCUACAAGUAACGGCACGACAGAAGCGUAUUGAUCAAUUUGGACUGACUUUGGUUUCGUAAAUGUGACCUGAAAAUGAAAGGUACCUUUUGUUCUGUUGUGUGCAAAUAGCUUCUCUUAUCAGCUGUUAGGUGUUUCUUCCAAUCAUGCUGUGUUGUCUCUUAAUGUUAUAUUAGAAAAAAAAAAAACAUAUUUGAUGUGAAUUACAGUACGUAAUUCUUUGAAUGACGAAACAUUAUUUGCUGAAUUUGAGUAUCAUAAAUAUAUUUAGACUCAGUUGAUAAUUA